AUGAAGAAUUAUCGCAUUUUGAAAGGCCUGUGUAAGAAGAUAUUUCUUAUCGGCACAGGAAAUUUUUGGUACGAGGAUGACGUAAUAGGGGACGAUAACAGUAUUUCUUAUAAAAUGUUGAAAUAUAUUUUAUUUUCCAUUUACGGAUUUAUGACAUUGUUAGAGAUAAUGGCCGCUUUAAUUGGAGACUUUCCCGAGGACGAGAAAAGCGAUUCGGUUACAUUUGCAGUCAGCCAUACAAUUGUAAUGAUUAAGAUAUUCUCAGUAUUAUCGAAUAAGGAAUUGGUGAAGAAGCUGAUCAGUGAUCUUAUAAAGGUUUGCGAAGUACACGAGGAUGAAAUUAUUAUGAAAGAAAAAUACAGAAUUAUAAAGAUAAACGUUACGGCUUACUUCGUAGUAGUUUAUGGUUCAGCUGCGUGCUUUGUAUUUGAAGGACUGAGGAAGGUUUUUGAAGGAUCUCAUUUUGUGACGAUUGUGACGUAUUAUCCGCAUUUUGAAGAUAAUUCGAUGUUAGCGACGUUCGUCCGAGUCUUUAUGACAAUCGUCCUUUUUAUCUUGAUGUUAACGAUGAUCAUGUCAGUUGAUGGCUUCACGGUAGUUAUUCUGAUCAUAUUUAAGUAUAAAUUCAUAACAUUAAGGAAUUAUUUCGAAAAAUUGAGCGAUGGUUUUGAAAAAGCGCUUAAAAAGGAAAAUUCCACGAUUGCGGCAGACAAAUUGACGAAAGGCCUUAUCGAAGGCAUAAAGAUGCAUAAAGAACUUUUAAGACUCUCAAAGGAAAUCGACAAGGCAUUUGGCACAGUUAUGGCUUUGCAACUGUGUCAGAGUUCAGGAUCUGCUGUCUCACUGCUUCUGCAGAUAGCUCUUUCAGAUCAGCUAACAUUUGUCGCGGGAAUGAAGAUAUGUUUUUUCGUCGUCGCCCUAUUUUUCUUAUUGGGACUUUUUCUUUGUAAUGCAGGAGAAAUUACUUAUCAGGCGUCUUUGCUGUCAUCUUCCAUCUUCUAUUGCGGCUGGCACUUGUGUCCGUCGCAGUUCCCGCAGCAACGCAACCUCGGAAUACUCGUGCUCCUAGCGUCCGCACAAGCUCAGCGACCACAGGUCAUGAAGGCUUUCAAAAUGCUAGAGCUAACAUAUGGGACAUUUCUCUUGGUCAUCAGAGGAACUUACUCAGUAUUUGCUUUGUUUUAUGCACAAAAUCAAUAA